UGCCCGGCUACCAAGCUGACAAAAGGCAAAAUGGCGACAAGGGUGAUUUCUCGUGAACCAAAAGAUCCCCAGGAAUUAUACAAAGAAGCAUUGGAAAAUGUCUCGGCUUACAACUCUCGGCUUCGGUAUGAACGUCGACUUCGUAUUCCGUUCAUUGACGCGCAGACAGGUAUUGCCAUGAACAACUGCCACUUAUGGAUCAGCAAACUGGAACGUCGAGCUGGCCAAACGCCGCAUUACAUUUACAGUUACCCAGCUAGGAGAUGGCGAAAAAAGAAACGGCCUCCCCCAACAGAGCGACCUAUUGAAGUCAGAGUUGUCGGCGAGGCUGAUGAACAAAACAGUGAAAGCAUGGAUACCAUGGAGUCUGAAGGAGUUCCACCAGAGCAAUCUGAAUCAGAGAUUGCCAGAGAUGUUUCUGUGACAAAGGAAGAUGAAAUAAUGAGACUGGAAGAUAGUGAUGGAGACGAAGAUGUGCUGGAAGACAUUGGUGCUUUAUCCUCCGGUGAUGAAGACUUCUAUGUUGGUAAGAAGAAACCUAUUAGCAAAGGACGACCUCGCAAGAAGAUUCAACAACCUGCUAGUGUAUUUCCUGAGCCUCAAGUCCAUCAUAAGACAAUGCCCCCGAUCCCUGGCCUUCUGCAUGUGCGAAACAUCACCAAGGAAGAGUUAGCUAGGAUGGAUCCUGAGGAGCGGAAAAAACCUUACGCAUGCGAGAUUUGUGGGAGGCGCUACAAGAAUGGCCCAGGACUAAAGUACCAUUAUACACAUUACAAUCAUGAGCAGGAGACAGGUGCGACGAUGCACCACGAGGAGCCAGUGAUAUCUCACCCAUCCACUCCAGCACCCACUGUCCGUCCAGAGUCUCCAAAGGUUCCUGCUUCACCUCCACAGCAGAGAGGUCCUGGGCGUCCCAAGAAAGUGCCAGGGAGUGGCACAUCUCCAAACAACUACUGUGAUUUUUGUCUGGGCGACGUGUACGAGAAUAAGUCGACGGGAUAUCCAGAAGAACUAUUAUCAUGUGCAGAUUGUGGUAGAUCAGGGCAUCCCUCCUGUCUUCAGUUUACUGGCAAGUUGACAGAAAGUGUCAAGAAAUACAAAUGGCAGUGCAUUGAAUGCAAAUCUUGCACCCUUUGUGGAACUUCAGAUAAUGAUGAUCAGUUACUUUUUUGUGAUGGCUGUGAUAGAGGAUACCACAUGUACUGUCUAAAGCCACCCAUGCAAAAACCGCCUGAAGGUCAUUGGACAUGUGCAUUAUGUGAAACUGCCGUCACACCAGCUCCUGUCCCUCCGUCCCACAUGAUGAUCAAGGCAGAGUGGCACUGAAAUGAUGCAAUGAAUAUAUUGCGAUGCACACCCGUGUGUGCAUAGCAAUAUAUUUUAGUGGGUCAAACACGUUGUUAUUAUCCCCAUACAGCUCCAAAGUCUUAGUGAAAUCAUCAUACCCAGGGCUCGAAAAAAUUCCGUUCUGUUCAUUUGUCUGGGACAAGUAGAUUUUCCUGCUGGGCAGGUAACUUUUCAUCCUUACAUGUCCAAUGGUCAAGGACCCAGACAAGAUUUCUUCCAACUAAAUAAAAAAAGGUAAACUAAGAUUUGCCUCAGGCAAGUAAAUUUUGUGAGCUGCCUGUUUGAACAGCAAGCUUGAAUUCAAUUUUUUUCAAGCUCUGAUACUCAGUGAAUUCUAUGUCAUAAUUGCUGUAAGGUGGGUGCAUGAUAGUUCACGAGGAAGAUGCAACUAUAUGUUAAAGUAACACAAAACAAGCAAACAAGUCCAAAUAAAUUUAUUAACUAAA